UCACUGCCGCGGUUCCCAUGUUCCACCCAGCAAUUUAAACGUGAGAUAACAACAGGAACAUUCCUGCAACCCCUGGUCCCCCUCAGCUCAAUGAUGAAAUAAAAAUCAUUAAGGCGGACAAAGAACUCCAUAGAAUGGAAUCCCCUCGGCUCCCUCUCCACCUGUUCCUGCCUCUCCUUCCCCAAAUUAUACUGCUAAUAAUUGGUUCAACGUACGCUCAAACUAUAAUCUCCGGCAAGAUAAGCUUGGGUUCCUCCCGCACCGCUCAGACCGGCCAAACAGCUGCCUGGUUCUCGCCUUCCGGCGACUUCGCCUUCGGAUUUCGACCCUUGGAAACCGACGGCAACCACUUCCUGCUCGCCAUCUGGUUCGACAAGAUAGAAAGCAAAACCGUAGCUUGGUAUGCAAAUGGAAACCAAUCGGUGCGAGCUGGGGCCGCAGUGGGGCUCGCCACUGACGGGAAGCUCUCGCUCCAGGACCAUGACGCCAAGGAGGUAUGGAGCGUCAGAGUCAACAGUAGCGUUGCAUACGCCGCCAUGCUCGAUAACGGCAACUUCGUAUUGGCAAGCAGCGAUGGCUUGGUCCGAUGGCAAAGCUUCGACAACCCCUCCGACACCAUCUUGCCGUCCCAAGUUCUGGGUCCAGGUAAGGAGCUCCGAUCCCGACUGAUGGACACCGAGUACUGCGGCGGACGCUUCGAUCUCAUCAUCCAAAGCGACGGCAAUCUGACGUUCUAUCCAAUAGAAGUUAUAUCUGGCUACAAAUAUGAUCCUUACUGGAGUUCCGGAACGAGUGGGAAUGGAUCGCAGCUUGUCUUCGAUGAGUCCGGUACCAUCUACUUGGCUCUAACUAACAACACCGUGUUCAUGAAUUUUUCAUCGGGGAGAAUGGACUCGGUCGGAGAUUUCUACCAGAGGGCAACACUCGACCCCGAUGGGGUCUUCAGGCAGUACGUCUACCCAAAGAACACGACAACGAGCGGCGGCGGCGGCGGUUGGACCGUGGUCGAUUUCCAGCCCCCCGACAUCUGCCGAGAAAUCACAACGGCGACGGGGAGUGGUGCCUGCGGGUUCAACAGCUACUGUGUGUCUGGUGGUGGAGAUCGGAGCGUGGAUUGCGAGUGCCCACCUGGCUAUGCUUUCGAGGAUCAAAGCAGGAAGUACAAAGGGUGCUUUCCAAAUUUUGCAGCUCAGAUCUGUGGAACGAAUGAGUCGGUGACAGAGACACAGUUCGAAUUGAAAGAGAUGAUCAAUGUCGAUUGGCCUUUAUCUGCCUACGAGCAUUCGUCUCCCAUCGAUGAAGAGCGAUGUAAAAGGAAAUGCUUACGUGAUUGCAACUGUGCGGUAGCUGUUUACCAGGAUGACGGUGGAAAUUGUUGGAAGAAGAGGCUCCCUCUCUCCAACGGAAAGAUGGGAUCCUAUGUGGACCGAAAGGCUUUCAUCAAAGUAGCCAAAGUAUCCAAAGAUUCCAUAAAGGAUGAUUCUAGUAAGAGGAAGCCUGUGAUUGCCGUACUCAUUCCCUUGGUGCUGGGAGGUCUCCUAUUGCUCUGUCUUGGGCUACUUGUGUGGAAGAAGAUAAGAAAUCGUGGUAUAUCACAUGAUUUCCACUUCAAUGAAAACAGAGGGAAGGAGCUGGAGUUACCUUUGUUUAAUUUGUCCAUGAUAGAAAGUGCUACUAAUUUCUUCUCUGCAGAUAAUUUACUUGGAAAGGGUGGGUUUGGGCCAGUUUACAAGGGUCAAUUGGGAGAUGGACAAGAGAUUGCUGUCAAGAGACUGUCCAAAAAUUCUGUACAAGGCGUGGAUGAGUUUAAGAAUGAGGUCGUGCUAAUAGCCAAACUUCAACACAGAAACCUUGUAAGGCUUCUGGGAUGCUGCAUUCAACACGAGGAGAGAAUGCUGAUCUAUGAGUACAUGCCAAACAGGAGCUUGGACACCUUCAUAUUUGAUAAAACAAAAAGUGCACAGUUGGGUUGGCAAGAGCGUCUUGAUAUCAUCAUGGGAAUUGCUCGAGGACUUCUUUAUCUUCAUCAAGAUUCAAGGUUAAGAAUAAUUCACAGGGACCUUAAAUCUAGCAACAUUUUGCUUGACAAGGACAUGAAUCCAAAAAUUUCAGACUUCGGCACAGCAAGAAUUUUCAAAGGAGACCAAAAUGAAGAAAACACAAGGAGAGUGAUUGGGACAUAUGGAUAUAUGCCACCAGAGUAUGCAAUGGAAGGCAUCUUCUCAGUGAAAUCUGAUGUAUUCAGCUUUGGUGUUAUAAUAUUGGAGAUCUUAAGUGGAAAGAAAAUUAGAAUGGUGUAUGAAGCUGAAUCUUCUGUGAACCUUCUAGGACAUGCAUGGAAACUAUGGGAGGAUGGUAGAUGCUUGGAGCUACUUGAUGAAGCAAUGGGAUGUUCUUAUCCUACAUCUAGAGUAUUGCGAUGUUUGCAAGUUGGUCUCUUAUGUGUUCAGGAAGGGAGAGACGAUAGGCCAACUAUGGCAGAAGUGGUUUUGAUGUUAAGCAAUGAAGGUGUGGCACUACCCCAGCCUAACCGGCCUGGUUUCUGUGUAGGAAGGACUCUUAAAGAAACAAGCGGGUCUUCCCUGGAACAAAGUUCAUCUGCAGUAAUUGAGACUACUACAAUGCCAGAAUGUCGAUGAGAUACUUGCCUCAACAAGCAUUUCAUCUUUAGUUAAUUUACAACUUCAGUUACCAACAAACUAAACAUUGGGUGGUAUGGACUUUCUUAGUUCAAGUUAAACCUUCAUUUGUAUGGUAGGGAGGACUGUACCUAGGAGUCUGACUUGUCCCAGUUCUGUGGAUUCUCAACAAGGCCCAGGACAUUUGAAGUAUAUGGUAAAGCAUAUUCUAUAUUUCAUCUAGAACUCUGGCAAAUUUUUACAUUCUAAAUCUUCUCUUACUAA